UCCCGCCAGACACCAUGCCUUCCACCGAGCGCACGCCGCUCACGCAGCAGAUCAGCAACGCGCUGCCCUCGCACCGCGGCGGCAGCGGCCACGACGCGCAGCCGAGCUUCGUCGGCUCGCUCUGGUGGCUGCUCACCAGCUCCUGGCUCAACCUGCUCCUCGUCUUUGUGCCGCUCGGCUUUGCCGCCGAGCACCUGCACUGGGGCACGGCCGCCAUCUUUGGCAUCAACUUCCUGGCCAUCGUGCCGCUGGCCAAGCUGCUGGGAGAUGCCACUGAGCAGGUCUCGCUCAAGCUCGGCCAGACGCUCGGCGGCCUGCUGAACGCAACCUUCGGCAACGCCGUCGAGCUCAUCGUCGGCAUCGUCGCGCUCACGCAGGGCCAGCUGCGCAUCGUGCAGAUGAGCCUGAUCGGCUCGAUCCUGAGCAACAUCCUUCUGGUGCUGGGCAUGAGCUUCGUCGCCGGCGGCAUCUACAAGGAUGAGAACACGUUCCAGGCCACGGCAGCGCAGGCGUCGGGCAGCAUCAUGACGCUCGGCUGCAUCACUGUUGUGCUGCCGGCGGCGUACCAGGGCUCGCUGUCGCUCUCGGCGCUGCUGCACGGCGGCAUGGAUGCGCUCAAGGAGCACAACGGCGGCGACGUGGGACAGAGCGGCGUGCUCUUCAUCUCGCGCGGCACGUCGAUCAUCCUGCUCCUCAUCUACGCCCUCUACCUCGUCUUCCAGCUCAAGACGCACGCCUUCCUCUUUGAGACGCCCGAGAACGAGGACGAGGAGGAGGAGAAGCCGAACAUGACGCCCAGCGCCGCCGUGCUUGGCCUGCUCAUCGUCACGGUCGUCACGAGCUUCAGCGCAGACUACCUCGUCGGUGCCAUUGACGAGGUGGCCAACGACUACAGCAUCCCCAAGGCGUUCAUCGGCACGAUUCUGCUGCCGAUUGUCGGCAACGCCGCCGAGCACGUCACGUCGGUGUGGAUGGCGGCCAAGGACCGCCUCGACCUCUCGCUCGCCGUGGCGCUUGGCUCGUCGAUCCAGAUUGCCAUCGGCGUCAUCCCCGCGCUGUGCCUCACGGGCUGGGCCAUCGGCCAGCCGCUGACGCUGUCCUUUGGCGCCUUCGAGACGGUCGUGCUCGUCGCUGCCGUGAUCCUCGUCAACACGCUCAUCCAGGACGGCCGCUCCAACUACAUCGAGGGCGCGCUGCUGUUUGCGCUCUACUGCGUCGCCGCGCUCAGCUUCUGGGUCGAGCCGGAGCACUAGACGUCUCCUCGUCGACAGCGCGCUGUACAUACGCAUUCUUCGCUGUACAUUCGCCUCCUCUGCGCGCAGGAGUGCGCUUUCCCCGUUCUUGUUGCAUGCCACGAAAAAGUGCCGCACCGCCCGCUGUGCACGACGGA